AAACGCGGAUACUUUUUAGAUGAUCCAAUAUGUAUAAUAUAUAUAGAAUAUAGAUGAAGCGUUCUAGCGAGUAACGCUACGAUUAUUCGCUGAUGUACAUAUCUACAUAUAUACAACGAGUGUACAUACGGAACUUUCUUUAUACUUGUAAAGUACUUAUAUAAUUGUUUCCGUGACACAUACGACAAAGUCAUGUAUUGAAUAUGGAGCAAUAGGUUCAUUUUUUUCCGUUCGAUUAAUGUAAGAAUAGAUUAGUCUCUGCAACAAAAGGAUCGAUUGAGUUUGGAUCAAUGUCAGUGGUGGGGUGAAGAGAGAAAUCUAUUUGGAGACUUAUUGCAGCGGCGCGCAAUAAGAAUUAGCUAUUAGCAAGGCGAGCCGUGAAGCUAGAAAGGUGAAGCAUCCACUUUAGAACGAGAACGAGCGUCCGAUUGAACAGAAUCUGCUCAACGUAUAUACCUGUGACCUGGUGUGACCGCGGAUUAAGCUGCAGUGUAUACCCAGCUCUUUGUGCGCAUUCUAUCUACUUUCGACAUUAGAAUUAUCGACGCGAAUUUUGCUGUCUCAUUCAAUCUCGAACGGGAUGCAGGCGGUGGAUGAUCCCCUCUGCCGGGAACCUUUAGUAUCCGUCGAGUUUGAAGUUUUUGGAAAAGUGCAGGGUGUAUAUUUUCCAAAGUACGUGAGGGAUAUAUGCUUGCAAUUGAAAAUCUGUGGUUGGGUGAAAAAUAGUAAAACUGGCACGAUCCUUGGAAAGAUGCAAGGACCUCGAGCGCUUGUCGAUCAGAUGGCCCAGUGGUUGACAUCAGUGGGCAGUCCAGAUAGUGAGAUACAUCACUGCGAGUUUACAAAUUGGGAAACUGUUACAAAGCAGCAAUAUCAAGGUUUCAUGAUUCGUUUCUAAGAAUAUAUGCACAGUUGAACAUGUACAUUUAAAUUCUAAUAUUAAUGUACACUAAUUUGAUUUGCAUGUGGUAUAAGAUAUGCUCAAAAAUUCCGUAACAUCUGGAACAGUGUUGUGCGAUAAUUGUAUAAAAUAUUUUAUUUGACACUUUACGUACGAUUCGAUCGAAACACAAUAUUUUUUAAAUGUAUUUUUAACAAAUUAUAUUAUCUCUUACAAAAAUUUUUAAAAUAUGAUUAUUUAUAAGGAUACAUAGCCGAGAUAAAUGUUACAUUCGAUAAAUACAAUGUUAAUUAGAACAUUUAUAAUUUAAAUUCAACGACAAACUCAAUGUGUAUAGAUUCUUAAAAAUUAUACACACAUAUACUAUAUGUGUGCGUGUGUGUGUACAAUAUAAAUGUAAAGCGCUAGAUAUAUAUUAUACGUGCAUUACGAACGAGGUUAAUUAACACUUUCUGUAUCACGUUAUUUUUGUAAAUGAUUUGACCAUUAUGCCAUCACAUUAUGUGGAUCACUGAUAUUUUGUUUGUAUUUAUUAUAUUUCUUAAUAAUAUAUAUUUCUUGAUGAAUAUUAAAUAAUAUAUUUCAUAAUGAUUAAAAAAAUAACAAAAAUCUUAUAAAGAAGACCUAAUGUAUCAUAUCAAUAUUGCAUCAUAUCAUAAUAUCAUAUAUAUUACGUGAUAUGAUAUGCAAUGAUAUACAAAAUUAUUUUACAUUUUUUUAUAGUCAAAGUAUCUCUCCUCAAAUGGCUUGAAUGAAAAACGAGUCACGCGGCACGGAACGUGUUAAUGUUCCAUGAUAUAGUAUAAUAACAUGCAAACAUAAAGUAUAAUAUUAUAUGUACAUACAGAUAUACAAUCGCUCUCCUUGAAACAGAGUAUAGCUUAUAGACAUCGAAUUGUAUCAUAAUUCCAUUUAGAAUUAAAUUGUAUGUAAUAUACGCUGAAAAGUAAAGUACGUAAUA